AGCGGCCACACUGUUGAGACCCAAACGGAGAGAGAGAGAGGAGGAGGAUGUUGAACUGUAGUGUGACUGUACAUUUACAGCGUUAUAUUCCAGCCUAAGCACAUGGGUAUUUUGGGAGCUGCUUCCUGUAAUAAUAAAACAACUUUUUGGGGAUUCAUGACAGCUAAAGGCUCGUCUCCAGUUUGGCUAUGAGCCGAGCCGUGCACUGAACUAUGGAGAUAUCGCUGAAGAUCUGAAAGGUGUCAGAGACGCUUCUCAAGAAAGCGAGGAGCCGCCGGGAAGUGCAUAGCCAGUACGUUGUGUUUGGACUUAAACAUCUCUUUCCUCACAGACUCUUCGGGUUCCAGAUUGUUCAGUAGGUCAUAUCGAGGAAAUAACAGACUGCGGAUGAACUCAUUGGUCAAGCGGAGAAAAUACAAAAAGAGAGAGUUUGAAUUAAAGGUUUACUGGAUCACACCCCGAGCACCUCCGGGUGAAGUACUGUUAAAUGGAUCCUAUGUGUUUUUGGACAUUUAAACUGGCUUUUGUCAGUAAGUAGGACAGUGAUAACUGUCCAUCACUCCCAGAGACGCGGAGUAGACUUGGCUGUCAUUUUGGACAUAUUCUUCCGCAGUGAAUUUGAGGAUUUGCGCGCCCGCCGUGGAUGUUUAAUAUGCUAGUAUGGGUCCGCUAGCAUUCAUCCUUGUUAGUGGAUUACUGUAUUUUCAAGUUGAUGGAUCCCGAAUGCGCCAGGAGGACUCCCCACCCCGGAUUGUGGAGCACCCCUCUGACCUGGUUGUAUCAAAAGGGGAGCCUGCCACUCUCAACUGUAAAGCAGAAGGGAGGCCAGUCCCAACGGUGGAGUGGUACAAGGAUGGAGAGCGGGUGGAAACAGACAAAGAUGACCCACGUUCUCACCGCAUGCUGCUUCCCAGCGGCUCGCUUUUCUUCCUUCGCAUUGUCCACGGACGACGGAGCAAACCAGAUGAGGGAGUCUACGUCUGCGUGGCCCGGAACUACCUGGGAGAGGCCGUCAGCCGCAAUGCAUCUUUGGAAGUAGCAUUGCUGCGAGAUGAUUUUAGACAAAAUCCUACUGAUGUGGUUGUGGCAGCAGGAGAGCCAGCAAUUCUUGAAUGUGUCCCUCCCAGAGGCCAUCCCGAGCCCACCAUCUACUGGAAGAAGGACAAAGUGCGAAUUGAUGACAAGGAUGAUAGGAUUACUAUUCGAGGAGGGAAACUUAUGAUCUCCAACACAAGAAAGAGUGACGCUGGCAUGUACAUCUGUGUGGGUACCAACAUGGUCGGAGAACGGGACAGCGAGACUGCACAAGUCACAGUGUUUGAGCGACCAACCUUUCUGCGGAGACCCAUCAACCAGGUGGUCCUGGAAGAGGAGAUGGUGGAGUUCCGCUGCCAGGUACAAGGAGACCCCCAACCCAACGUUCGCUGGAGGAAAGAUGACAUUGAUGUUCCUCGUGGGAGGUAUGAGAUCAAGUAUGACAAGGACGACUAUGUGCUGAGAGUGAAGAAGGCUUCCAUUAAUGAUGAAGGCAUGUUCACCUGCGUGGCUGAAAACCGUGUGGGCAAGCUGGAAGCCUCUGCCACUCUCACAGUCAGAGCUCGCCCUGUCGCUGCACCCCAGUUUGUCAUCCGUCCAAGGGACCAAAUUGUGUCCCAAGGCCGCACUGCCACCUUCCCAUGUGAAGCCAAAGGAAAUCCUCAGCCUGCUGUCUUCUGGCAGAAGGAGGGGAGUCAGAAUUUACUCUUUCCCAACCAGCCCCAGCAGCCCAACAGUCGCUUUUCAGUGUCACCCAGCGGCGAACUCACCAUCUCAUCUGUGCAGCGGGCAGAUGCUGGUUACUAUAUUUGCCAGGCCCUGACCGUCGCAGGCAGCAUCCUCGCCAAGGCUCAACUGGAGGUCACAGAUGUUCUUACAGACAGACCGCCGCCCAUUAUUCGCCAAGGCCCAUCCAAUCAGACACUCGGGGUGGACAGCAUGGCGCUGUUGAAGUGUCAAGCAUCAGGAGACCCCAUCCCCUCCAUCAGCUGGCUGAAGGAUGGGAUCAGUCUGCUAGGAAAGGACCCCCGCAUGUCCCUGCAGGAGCUGGGCAGCCUGCAGAUCAAAAACCUCAAGCUUUCAGACUCUGGUACAUACACAUGUGUGGCCACCAGUUCAAGUGGUGAAACAUCAUGGAGUGCUUUCUUGGAAGUUAAAGAAUCAGGUGUAGCAAUAGUUAUGAAAAACCAUGAUGAGAGUGAGCUUCCAGGCCCGCCAUCUAAACCUCAAGUUACUGAUGUCACCAAGAACAGUGUGUCCUUGUCCUGGCAGUCUGGAAUGGCAGGAGCAUCUCCAGUCUCUUCCUUUGUCAUUGAAGCAUUCAGCCAGUCGGUGAGCAACAGUUGGCAGACAGUAGCAGACCAUGUCAAAACCACACAGUUUACUGUCAAAGGUCUUCGUCCCAACACCAUUUACCUGUUCAUGGUCCGAGCAGUCAACAGCCAGGGCCUAAGUGAUCCCAGCCCCAUGUCUGAUCCAGUCAGAACACAAGAUAUAAGCCCUCCAGCCCAGGGUGUCGACCACAGGCACGUGCAGAAGGAACUUGGUGAAGUUAUUGUCCGUUUGCAUAACCCAGUUGUUCUAAGUCCGACAACCAUUCAGGUCACAUGGACAGUGGACCGUCAGUCCCAGUUCAUCCAAGGUUACAGAGUUCUGUACAGGCAGACAUCAGGACUGCCUUCACCAGGACCAUGGCAGACCCAGGACGUGAAGGUCCCCUCAGAGCGAAGCGUCAUCCUCUCAUCACUAAAGAAGGGGAUUGUUUAUGAGAUCAAGGUCCGGCCUUAUUUUAACGAAUUUCAGGGCAUGGACAGUGAAUCCAAGACUGUACGGACCACUGAGGAGGCUCCCAGCGCCCCUCCUCAACAGGUAACAGUCCUGACUGUCGGAAACCAGAACAGCACUUCCAUUAGCAUCUCCUGGGACCCCCCUCCACCAGACCACCAGAAUGGUAUCAUCCAGGAGUACAAGAUCUGGUGUCUUGGGAAUGAGACACGUUUCCAUGUAAAUAAGACGGUGGAUGCAGCCAUACGCUCUGUGGUUGUGGGCGGGCUGCAGGUGGGAGUGGUGUAUCAUGUGGAAGUGGCUGCCAGCACGAGUGCAGGAGUUGGGGUCAAGAGCGAACCUCAGCCAAUCAUCAUCGGUAAGGAGUUCCGGGAGGUGAUUAUAAAUGGAAACCGGAACAACAGCAUCACAGAGCAGAUAACUGAUGUGGUGAAACAGCCGGCAUUUAUUGCCGGCAUUGGAGGAGCUUGUUGGGUCAUCCUCAUGGGUUUCAGCAUCUGGCUUUACUGGAGGAGAAAGAAGAGGAAGGGCCUGAGCAACUAUGCAGUUCAGUCCUUCACCUUCACCCCUGCAGUGACAUUCCAGAGAGUUGAUGGUGGCCUGAUGAGCAAUGGAAGCCGACCAGGCCUGCUGAAUGCCAGCGACCCAGGCUACCCCUGGUUAGCGGACUCUUGGCCAGCAACCAGCCUGCCUGUCAACAGCAGCUCAGGGGGACCAAAUGACCUGAGUAACUUUGGCCGAGGAGAUCUUCCCACUGGACAGGGGGAUAAGACUGGCACGAUGCUCUCCGAUGGAGCCAUCUACAGCAGCAUCGACUUCACCACCAAAACUAACUACAACAGCCCUGGUCAAACAUCCCAGGCUACUCCAUACGCCACCACUCAGAUUCUCCACUCCAACAGCAUCCAUGAGCUGGCUGUAGACCUGCCUGAGGCCCAGUGGAAGGCCUCGCUCCAGGCAAAGCAGGAAAUGGCCAACCUGGGAUACUCCCUGCCUGACAAAAACUCCUGCAACAACACCCUCCUUUUCAUUCCUGACUACCGAUUGGCCGAAGGAUUGUCUAAUAGAAUACCACACAACCAAUCACAAGAUUUCAGCACCACCAGCUCUCACAACAGCUCAGAGCGAAGCGGCAGUCUCUCAGCUGGAAAGGGAGGAAAGAAGAAGAAAACUAAGAGUGGCUCUAAACCUACUAAAGCCAACGGGUCCAACUGGGCCAAUGUUCCCCUGCCUCCUCCCCCAGUUCACCCUCUGCCUGGCACUGAGAUGGACCUUUAUCCCAAUGAGCACCAUGAAGGAGGAGGGUAUGAGAGUGGCAGCUGGGGCCCACCCAUGCCUGUGCAGACAUACCUUCACCAGGGCAUGGAAGAUGAGCUAGAGGAAGAGGAGGAACGGGUUCCAACACCACCCAUCCGAGGGGUGGCCUCUUCCCCCGCUGCUGUGUCCUUCGGACAGCAGUCCACAGCCACUCUUACCCCAUCUCCUCGGGAUGAGAUGCAACCAAUGCUCCAGGCCCAUUUGGAUGAGCUGACCAGGGCAUACCAACUGGACAUAGCAAAACAGACAUGGCACAUGCACGGAGGCUCUCUUCCUCCCCAGGCUCCAGCUCCUCCAGUGGGCUACGUGUCGAGCACAAUGGUUUCCGACCUGGAGACUGACCUGCCUGAUGAUGAUGAGGAGGAGGAGGAUGAAGAGGAGGAUGAGGGCUAUGGAGCCAGGCAUCCCCGCGGUAUUGAGCACACACCAGGGUCUAGCAUGGACAACCUAGACAGCUCUUUAACAGGGUCCAUGGUGAAUGGGUGGGGCUCAGCCUCGGAGGAAGACCGUAAUUUCUCCAGCCAUAGAUCCAGUCUGGGUAGUUCUUCUGAUGGCUCCAUCUUUACCCACUACAGCUUCGCCCAGGCCCUGGUGGCUGCUGCAGACAAGGCAGGCUACCACAUUGAGGGCACUAGCCUCAGCAAGAGAGGUAAAGGCUUGUCCCACAGGCCCCGUCCCAGCAGUCCAUUCUCAACAGAUGGCAGCACAGUCGGCACGCACAGCCUGGGCCAUCAGAGGGCCACCAGGCCCACUCGCAAACCACGAAGUCAGGGCACAACGCCCCACCGUAGAGAUGCUGGUGCAGACGACCUACCUCCUCCCCCUGAGCCUCCCCCCAGUCAGGGUGGGGGUCGCAUCCAGGGGGCCCGCAGUGUAAGCAGCAUGGCACCGCCUGCAGAUAGGAAGGCUUCUUCUCUGGAGCGCACGCCUAUGUCUGGACCCUUAUGUGGGCCGGAUGACAUGAAGAGCUCCAUUGACAGACAUAUGCGAACUUCUUUGGAACAUCAUCGCCAAGCGCAGGACAGGCUGGGCUCUAUGGAUCGAGCUGAUGAUGGACGCAGGGGACACAAAGCAGAGGAUGGAUGCCUGCCAUAUAAUAAACCAUCAUUCCCAUCCCCUGGGGGUCACAGCUCUUCAGGCACAGCCUCAUCAAAGGGUUCAACGGGGCCACGCAAGACUGAGGGUCCACGACAGCCACAACAGUGGACCGCCCUGGAGCACGCUGAUUUCCUGGGGACCAAUGGACAAGGACAGUACACGGGAGAGUUAUGUGAGUGAGUGAUUUGCCCUGGAUGUGAACUGGAGUCUGCCCUCCUGUCAGGCCUGUCAGGCAAUGAACUUUGUCCUUAGUGUGUUCUCCGAGAAAAGUUGUGCAGCAGAGAGAACUACAAAGAAAAAGCAGUGUCACAGAACUGUAAAUGUGAUGUAAAGACACAGACAUACUGUACAUCUCACUACGUUUUUGUCCGCAAGAAAAUAUUUUCCACCUCCUACCUUACUGUAAUUUUCUUUUGUUACAAAAAGGCAAGUUUAAACUUUAAAAAAAAAAAAAAAAAAAGAUCUAUAUGAGAUUUUCUGGCAACUGCCCUUGGAGAGAAAAGGGAAUUUUGUUUCCUGUAAAUAUUUUCUUUGACUUGUUGCAUUGCUAUGCAAACCUAAUUGAGUUGGAGCUUUUUAUUUACACAUACAGAAACGAUUGGGUUUUAUCUGGUUAUUUGUAUUAUAUGUGAAUUGAGUGGCUACUGUGCCAUAAAAUAAUUGUUUUAUAAUCCAUUGUUUGUUUAUAGGUACCAUUAAUUAUUAUUAUUAUCAUUAUUAAUUAUUGUUUUUUGCACUGCAAUUUUUGGUGAUAAGCACAAAAACAUAGCUCCUGCUGACAUGAAGAACCGGAAGAAUAUGUGAAGAGGAGUUUCUGUACUGUAAAGUAAAGAGAAGAUUAUAUACUAAUGUACAGAGAGAUAUUAAAGAGUAAUGCUUUGCUCACAGACAGCAACAAAAAGGCACCCAUUUCCACAGUUGAGACAAAACUGGGUUGCAGGAACACAAGGUUCCUGAGGGGGUGAGGGCAGAUACGAGGCUGGACGUUGUAGAAAAAAAUGAUUUUGUGUUACUGUAGGUGACUGCUUGGAUUAUUUAAGUCAUAAUUUACUGUCCUAGAAUAAUAUUUUGUCCAAAAUAUUAAGUCUUCAUUGUUUUGGGCAACUGUAGACAUUGUCUUAUGUUCAGAAACAAACUGAGGGAAGAUAUUUUCCUUAUUUUAAAAGUGUCCAAACAUUUCAAGUUGUUGUGUUGACGUUUUACUGCCUACAUCAUUUUACUAAGCAGAGUUUACACUCUUCAUUCAGUAAAGCUGCAAACUUACAAUAAAACAGUCAGAAUGGAGGAAGAGCAAAGAUUUGUCUGCAUGCCGAGGUCUAUUCAGAGCAUUUAGAAGCAGAUUUAUUAUCCCUCCAAGGCCUUAAUGAAUAAAAAACACAAAGGAGUAUUUAUCAUAAUUAGUAUUAAUGAUACUCCUAAACCUGCUAAAAUAUUAGUGGAGCAACAUCAUUUGUUUACACUUUUUGCGUUUUGUUUCAAUCAUUUUUUUUACCUUUUCUUUUGUUUAUUUUGCUUUUAAGAGCACUUAUUAAUAUAUAUUUGUUAUUUUAUCUGUGGUGCAGUUUUAUCCAAAACAGCAACACGUUGAACUGUUGAGGUCCAGCCAAGUGCUGUUAAAUUAUGUGAUCUAUUAAAGCAGGUGUUGAUAUAAAAGUCAGUGCCUCACUUAUUAAAAACACGAUGAUCAACGCGGUCUUGUGUCAGAAACUUUAAGAAGAAAUGGUGUGUGUGCCAGUGUCACUUUGAGUGGGAGCGAUGUCGGAGAAAGGCCUUGUAUAUUCACUAGUGGGUCCUGCUGCCUCCAUGUCUACAGCCAGUGUGAAGCAGAACACUUUCUAUCUGCCUGACUGCCACAAAAACACACUCAUCAUCUGCCACUUUUGACUUCACAGCCUCCGGUUUUCAAUUUUUUGUCUUUUCCAACAAGGUUUCUAUCGGUUGUCCUUUUUAAAGAGAAGCUUGUUUCUUUGUAUGCCUUUUACGGACUCCAAAACGCUGCUUAAAACAAUGUUUUCAAUUGUAAUGUUCAGGAUUUUUGUGGUUCGAUUACUUUUUUUUUUCUUCUUCUUCUUUUUUUUGUACUGCAAAUAUUGUUAAAGGGGGGGUGGGAAACUAAAGGCCAUGCUGUUGUACUGUUGUCGUCAUCCCACCAUCAUCAUCAUUUUUCCUUUUUUUUUUCUUAUUUUUAACCAUCCACCCAGUGGCCAGUGUUCUGGAAAUGAGGUGCAGAGAGUAUCUCAGGUUAUUUUACAUUCUGGUGGUGAUUAUGUAUGUGUAUAUAUGUGUAUAUAUCCAUAUGCAUCUCCACUUGAUCAUGCCAUUCCAUUUUCAGUGAAGAAAACAUCUCUCUCAUGUCCGAUUCUGUCGUCCCCUUUUUUCUUUUCUGCUGUGGAUUUUGAUUCUGAAUAUAAUGUGCUGGUUCAUCCACCUUAAGACAAGAUGUCAGUGAAAGAACAUACCAAAAUUAAGAUGGAUAUUUCUAAUGUCUAAUGCGUUUUAGUGUCUCUUUAAUACUCAUUGUUUUCUUUUAAAUCACAGUGUCGUUUUGUAUUUAUUGAAAUGAUAAUAAAGGUAUAUUGUGAAAUAUGCAUAAAGAUUCGUGAGAUAUAAAAUGUGUUUUUUGUUCCUUGUAAAGUUUGGUGUCGGAGCCGAGCAGCGAGGCCAUAAGGAGAUGAUGGGCACACACACACCAGUGAAGUGCCAGGUCCUCUUGAGUCACUCUUCGUCUUGCAUGUUCACUGCACUGCUCUUCUAAUGUCAAAACUAAAGAAACUUUUCAACACAAGGAGAAAAAAUCGCUUACAAUUUGCUUGUCAAGACAAUAGAGAAAAAUAUCUUUUUGGAAGGAUGAAAGUGCUUUCCCUCUUUCGUUCAUUUUCUCAGUAGUGUUGGUUCUUUGUAACCUAUCUGUGUGUUGCCUUUUUAUUAUAAAAGAAGAUUAAAAAUGACAAAAAGAGAAAGUUGUUGGGUGAAGUCUUUUCUGUACAGUAUGGGGUGAUGGAGUGGUGUGACACCCCCUGAUCUGUUACCAUUUCUACAGUACAGUUCAUUCUCCUUUUUUCCUCUGUACACCACCUUCUGUAUUCACUUGCAUGUUCUUGUCCAAGAAGAGAGUGGAUCAAGAAAAUAAGCUUUUUCAGCCUCAUUCUCAUGUCGUGUAAGAUAAAUCCAUGCUCUUUUAUUUCCUUGUACCUGGAUCAUUAUCAA